AUGGCCCCCGAGGCACCUGAUCCUCAGAGCCUGAAGUCAUGGCAAGAUGUAUUUCAAUAUCCUAUCCCCACAGUUCGCCGUGUGGAACAGGAGUUGCGCCGGGACAUCGCGAGCAAUAAGGAGAAGCUUCGAGCUCUCGUGGGAACUAGAUACCGCGAUUUGGUUGGAACUGCCGAGACAAUUGUUGCUAUGAAUCGUGAUAUCCAGGACGUGGAGACUGUUCUGGCCGAUGUUGGACGCCGAUGCAAUCCUCGACUGGUAGAAAGGAAGCAUGUUCAUGGCAGACAGAUCAAGAGUGGAGAUGCCGAGAAGGACGCAGAUAAACAUGCCUUUGGGGCUCAGCUUGCGCUCCUACAUAAGUGUACCACGUCGAUUACCAGACUUCUGCGACGCCGCGCAUCUCUUCUGUUGAUAUCUAAGAUUCUCAUUGUCUGUCGACUACUACACAACACAUUGUCGCAACAGGAACCAGUUCCUCCGUUCCUGGACGAUCUGCGUAAUCAAUUAGCACACCUGAAGCUAACACUUCGCAAACGGAUUGACAAGCGCCUUGCUUCGACUCGCGCAACGGAGGACAACAUCAUUGAGUCGCUGGCUGCUUAUUGCCUUGCAACGAGCUCGUCUUCCGAUGAUGCAAUUCACCAUUUCCAUCAAGUGCGCCUGGAUGUUAUUGCAAGCCAGUUGAGUUUGUCCCGCCAGAAUAUUCCAAAGGCACUCCAGCUGUUCGUCCGAACACUUCAGGCUUCUAAGGUUCUGCGACACCGUCAGUUUUCUGACGUGCUUUCGAAAAUCAAGGCUCGACCGAUUCUUGCAGACCCAGAGAUCCGCAGUCUAGAUGGCUUAGAAAUUGAAGUUCUAGGUCGAUGGGUGGCUCCAGAUGUCACAAACUUCAUACCUUGGAUCAAAUUAAGUGAGCUCAACAGGGCGGAUGGAAUUGAUUCGAUCAAGGAGUGGUCACGUCAGGCAUUCGACAAAUUUACUGAAGGGUGCCAAAAAAGCUUGGCUCAAAGCAAUGACUUCUCUGAGCUACUUGCUUUGCGCAUAGAAACAGUUGAAUUAUGGCUCUCAUCUUGGGGUUCCACCAUUAUUCAUGGAUCACUUGAUGUGUUGGAGAGACUCCGGAAGAUCUUCAAUGACCAGCUGUCACGAAUUCUGAAGGUGCAAGCACUGAGCUUGGAGGAGGUCGGAGGCAGGGCUUGCUCUAUUGUUUUGGACUGGGAGAAGAAACAGCAUGAAUCUGUUGGGUCUCUGUGGGAUGGCGAUCUUAUCGUUGCAGAGUACUCCAACGGUGCCCAGGCAUUCAAACAAACCGUGGCAGACAGACUCCUGGGUCGUGACGAGGACGUAUCAACUGUUCUCGCUACGUAUAAAACAUGGCUCACAUCAAUUCGAGAAGUCAAGGAGUCCAUCGACUCUUUACGUCGCAUACGGUGGACCGAUAUUCUCGUCGGCGGAGAAGUGGAGGACGAAGAUAUUGAUAUUACAAUACGUCUUAAUGAAGACGAUCCACGUCUUCUGUCUGAUUCUUUGCAUUCCGCAGUUCGAGAGUCAUACGGCAAUCUGCAAACAUCAUUCAGUAGCGCAUUCAAAUCAUUCGGCUCAUCGCAUUCCAGCGAAAAAGCAACCUUCCUGCUGAGGCUCAUUCGGUUGGUACGGCGUGAUAUCCCAGCGAGCUUCGUGGCAGGGGACUUUGUUUUCUCGAUUGAUAUUGUUCCAGAGCUCCAGAAGUUGCUUGCCUCGGAGGUCGUCGCCACGGCAGGCUCCUUGAAGAUGGCACCGUCCUUGAAGGCGCAUCCACAGACAGGAAGGGCCAAGAUUGUACCUGGUCGGUCAUUAUGGGAAAGUACGCCGACCGUACCGGUUCAGCCCUCUGCCUCGACUUUCAAGUUCCUGCGACGUCUCACCUCAACCAUGGAUAUCUGUGGAUCAGAUCUCUGGGAUCCAUCAACAGUACUGGCAUUGAAAAUGGCCCUCAAAACAGCAUUAGAGAUUGCCAUUGCAUCUUCACUGGAUGAUCUUGAAAGUCUAGACUCCCUCAAAUCUGACUUGGAUGAUGAAAUUCCUUCUACAAAUGGUGACAAAGAUCAAGGGAAUAAGUCGGCAGAGAACAAUACCGAAGAGCAAGUCGAAGCAACGCAGGAUUGGAAAACCCAACUCUUCUUUGACUCUCUAUAUCUGUCCAAGAUGCUUGGUGAGAAAUAUCAGCUGGCUGAUGUUCUUGCCCGUGCCCAAAAGAGUGCAGAUCUUGGUACAGAAGCCGUGCAGACAAUGACGCAGUCUGCAAAUGAGUACUGGACCCGGACAGAGCUGCUUUUUGGCUUGUUGGCGGAACAUUGA